AUGCCUACUACAUCUCUUACGCCAGAGUGUCCUCCUCUCGAUGGCUCACUCCUUUUCCCAGAUAUCAUUGACUUUCAUAUGCAGAGGAAUGCAUCUCUGCCAAUAUACAUCUUUCCAGAUACACACACCGGCGCAUUGACUUCCAUUUCCUACCGCGAGUUCGGCAGAGCCACUCAUCGAAUAGCCCAUGCAAUCCGACCCAAUCGCAGUGGAGUUGAAGGCGAGGUAGCCGCAAUAGUUGUUCACACAGACACCCUCCUCUAUACAACUUUGAUAGCCGGUCUGAUGAUUGCAGGGAUCGUGCCAUUUCCUAUGUCUCCUCGAAAUCCACCGCAGGCCAUAGCGGAUUUACUUCUCCGAACAAGUUGCCGUCGUAUAGCUUCCAUCACCCCAAAUCACGCGGCUCUCCUUGAUGAUGUCCAGCGCCUUAUGCGGAAUAGUGGCACUAGUCUGACAAUCACCGAGAUACCUCCAAUAUCAGAAGUUUACCCUCAUUUAGGCAACGAAUCCCUUGUCCAUUCCUUUGUGCCAUACCCUAAGCGCCCUACAAUCACACGGAUAACCGAAACCAUUUUAUACAUGCAUUCUUCAGGAAGCACCGGCUUCCCUAAACCUAUCGCUCAAAACCACAGGAGUCAACUCAGUUGGAUGAACGCCCCUCUGUUAUGCCAAUAUCGGAGCUACCCAUCCGUCCGUCUUGGCGUAAUGGCCCUUCCCCCCUUUCACAUAUUUGGUGUGGCCGCACAGCUGUAUGCAAUGCUUAUCGGUGUUACAGCAACAUUAUACGCGCCUACGUCCGUGGGAGAUCGGCGGACACUCCCUAUCAUUCCGACAUCGGAAAACAUGAUUGAAUGCAUCAGACAGACCGGUACCAAUAUCGUUCUUUGCGUCCCAUAUCACCUCGAACAGUGGGCCGAUUCGGAAGAAGCACUAAAGACGCUCCGAAAGGUCGGAUAUGUUGUGUACGGAGGCGGCCCUCUCUCAGACAAGAAAGGGGACUUUCUUACCACUGCUGGAAUACCGCUCGCACAGCUUUACGGUGCGACAGAGUGUGGUCCGGUCUCUAUUCUUCCUCCUCGAGACUCAGUCGUCAAUGGCAACCCAUACUGGCAGUGGGUUGAAUUCUCCGAUACGGUCAAUAUUCGCUGGGCUCCUCAUGACCUUGAUUUAUACGAAUGUCAAGUAUUGGUAUGUAAAAAAGCACAAUCAAAACCAGACGUUAGAUCAGCGUCUUUACAGCGAUCGGACAAACUCCAACCGAGCAUUGAGAACCUCCCCGAUGUACAGGGCUAUGCCACCAACGAUCUUUUUGUCAGACACCCAACCCAGAAGCACUUAUGGAAAAUCGUUAGUCGAGCAGAUGAUGUCAUCGUUCUAUCUUCCGGGGAAAAGACUGUCCCAUCGCAGAUGGAAACAGUCAUCGGUUGUUGUCCGUACGUAAAUGGCGCCGUUAUGUUCGGACGCGAGCGAAAUCAAGUUGGAGUUCUGAUCGAACCUACCGUGGAUCAUUUCAUUGAUGUGGAUAAUGAGGAACAAGUUGCCCAGUUUCGAAACCGAGUAUGGCCAUAUGUGGAAGACUCCAAUGCAUCUGCACCAACUUACAGUCGUAUCUUCAAGGAAAUGAUUCUUGUCGCUCGUCGCAACAAGCCUGUAUCUCGGACCAUGAAAGGCACUAUCGAAAGAAGGCGGCGCUCCAAGCAUAUGAGCAAGAAAUUGAUGCACUGUCAUUAUGACGUCGUCGAACUCAGUCAUGAAGUUGGCGAUAACACCCUACCAUCACAAUGGACAGAGAGCGAGUUAGCCUCCUGGCUAUUAUCACAAGCCACGAAUGUUAGGACGGACCUAAAACCAUCUGUAGAUCUAUUUGCUCAGGGCUUUGACAGCUUGAGUGCCACAUACCUUAGGAAUCGUCUCAUCAGCGCCCUAAAGAAGUCCUCCGAACCAGGGAUUCAAAGGAUCUUUUCCCUCAUUACCCAAAACAUUAUCUUUGAGAACCCCACUAUUCAAUCACUAGCGCGGAAGGUUGCUGCCCUUGUUGCAUCUAUGCGAGACUCGCACAUUCAUGCAAUCGGGGCUAUGAUCGAAAAGUACUGUGCCGAAUUCGUGAAACUUGGUUCUGGCUCAGUGGAGAGACCUGCAAAGCGAGCCAGGCUUGAUGGUAGGCAUGUUGUGCUCCUUACAGGAUCCACCGGGACACUGGGAUCCUAUAUGCUUGCCGAUAUUCUCGGACGGCCAGAGAUCUCGACAGUCUAUGUUCUCAAUCGAUUUUCGGCGGCUCCGGGGACAUACAGCAGCAUGCGUCAGCUCCAAGCAUUCGAGGAGAGAGGGUUGAAUAGGCGACUCCUUACCUCGUCGAGGAAGAUUCAUUAUCUUGAGGGAGACAUCUCUCAGGACAGAUUGGGUUUGACAGCUCCUACUUACGAACGGCUUAGAUGUUCAGUGACCAUGAUCAUUCACAAUGCGUGGCGCGUCGACUUCAAUUUGGCCCUUUCUUCUUUUGAACCUAAUAUCCGGGGUACGCGGAUGCUUCUCGAUCUAGCGCUCGCUUCCCCGCUUGCCGCUUCUCUACGGUUCAUAUUCGUUUCGUCCAUUGCAUCCGCAUUAAGUUGGGAUACAAGCCAGGGUCCGGUCCCGGAGAACCUUCUCAGUGAUCCUUCUAUGGCAAUAGGUUCUGGGUACGGUGAAUCAAAGCACGUCGCCGAACAGAUCAUCGCCCGAUCUGAUUUGCAAGCUACAUCACUCCGAGUAGGACAGAUUACCGGUGGACCUACUGGGGCUUGGGCGACGACUGAUUGGGUUCCCAUUCUUGUCAAGUCGAGCUUAGCACUCGGUUCGCUUCUUGACCUUCCAGGGGUGAAUCUUCUUUCGCACGAUGUCGUGUCAUGGACACCUGCGGACCGCGUUGCAGCAGCAGCUCUUGACGUUGCCUUGUCUGAGACACAUGUGCCACUUGUCAACAUCAACCAUCCUAGGCCUGUUUCAUGGCGGACCAUCUUUGAGGGCGUGAGAGAUGCGCUUGUGGAAUCUGGAGAAACAAAAAAUGCGUUGCCGCUGGAGCCCUAUUCAGGGUGGAUGCCAAAACUGGAGCGACGUGCCCAGGGUGCAAAAGAACGCGAUUUUAAAGAGGUCCCGGCGCUCAAAAUUCUUUCCUUCCUUCGAGGCUUUUUGCAGCCACAGAAUGCUGAAUCUAUUUCUGGCGAUGCGGAGGCGGGUAACGGCCUGCAGCUCGUGACGGACAAGGCUUGCUCACUGAGCAGCACGAUGCGUCGUCUUUCUACACGGGAAUCCGAAUGGCUUGGACCGAGCCAUGCGCGGGCGUGGGUGAAGUACUGGAAAAACAAAGGAUUUUUUCAAUAA